CUGUCAGUAACUCGUUAUCCUGCUUUGAAAAGUGAUUGGCCCGAAAUAUUUUUCAAGUCACUCAUUCUUUAGGCGAUUAUUGAAAACAUAUCGGACACGAAAGAAAACGUUUUCAAGUGCAUUUAUGCAGGAAAUAAACUUUAUAAUUAAUUUCAGAUGUUUUUCGAACAUAUUGAAUUUCUAAUAAUAAUUUCAGACAAGACGAUCAGAGGAGGAUGACAGCUGAAAGCCGUAAUAUAAUCUGUAGAACGAGAGCUUUUAACAUAGGGCAAAAGUUUUCUUAUUGUAUUUGUAUGCGCCCACGCUGCAUUGAGUGAGACUUAAAGCACUGAACUUACAACUAGUUUAGAUUGUAUUGGUUUGUUCAAUGUGACGUACCUAUACAAGUGAUUGUACCCUGUAAUGAAUUUUUAUUGCAGAAAUAACGAAAUAUUCUGAAAUAACACUCAUGUCGGCGAUACAGAAACAGUUGAAGUUUAUUUGUUUGUUUUCAAUAUGUGUUUAUGAAUGAAUUUUUAGAAUGGCGGAGGCUUGUAGAUUCGGAAACCAUAACAUAGAAAGUAAAACAUCAAACAAUCAAGAUGAAAACUUUUGUAUCAUUCAUGUUUUGUGUGUAUUUAUAUCACUCGUUACAAUAUUAGCAGAUCUUACGACAGAUAUAAUAGUAUUUGCGGAAUAUUGUAAAGAUGGUCAUCUUUACUGGGCGCUCGGAACAUUAAUUUUCAUAGUAACUCCUAAUGUACUCAUAAAUAUAUUCUCGAUUAGAUGGUUCGUUAGUGAUCAAAAAUCGAGUUUACGUCAUUGGAUUACUCAUAUUUGCCUUGUUGGUUUAUUAGAGAGAUACAUCAUAUUUUUGCGAAAAGUGUUCGUGUGCAAAAAUUUGGAGUCAAUAAAAACUCAUAAAUUGAUUUCUCAGAGAAACGAUUUGAGUUUAUUGCAUUUCUUAUAUAUUUUUAUUGGUACGGUACCGCAAAUAAUAUUACAAACUUACGCCGUAGUCACAUUAGAUGAAAAUUACUACACGAAAGUAUUUGCUUUAACUGCGUCAAUCGCGUCAGUUAUAUGGGGCUGCGCGACGUAUAUUUACAGUAUUACGGCUUUUUCAAAUGAAAACUUUAGCUGGAAUUCGCUCAUAUUGAAGUUACUAUGGCACUUUGGAAUGUUAAUUGGCCGAAUACCGGGAAUUUUAUUAUUCGCCAUAAUUUUUGGUAUCUGGACACUGAUUCCGUUAGGUUUACACUGGUCAGCAAUGACUUUUUGGAUUGUAGUCCAAAAAACCACAUUCUGCCCAAACAAAUUGGAAGAAACCCUUUACAACGUUGUAAUGGGAUUUGUUUACUGUUUUUGCUAUAUUAAUUUACGAGAAGGCCACACGCGAUAUCGUCUGAUGCUUUUUUACACGUUGAUGAUAUCGCAAAAUUUUGGAAGCUUGUUUUUAUAUGUGCUAAUAGCUGACUCUGAGAGACAAAGGAAAUCGUGGUCUAUUGCUGCAGCCAUAUGUAUAAUAUUUGGCACAAUAAUUGGCAUUUGCUCCAUGGUGCUAUACUAUAGAUACUUUCAUUAUACGGGCCCAAUUUCUUGGAAGAACGCGGUUGAUGAUAUCGAGUUAAAUAAUAAAGUAACAGCACAAGAAUCUAAUAAUAAAAGAGAAGGUACCGGACUAAACCAUGUUCGAUCAUUUAAAAGUUCCAGUAAAAACGAAAAAUCAGAUAACAGCUCAAGUAAAGAUAUCCCAGCUGAACCAACUCCCAGACAAGACAGUGAAAACGCUGACAAAAAGUUUCUUUUAGACCACUGGAUUGCCAGAUCUGGCUCACCAACAUUCACGUCGGCGCCGAUCGGUAAUAAUAGUAUGGAUGUUUCCAGCGUUGAGUUUUACACGGUAGAAAAUACUCCACAAACUAUUAUACAAGACGACGAUUUUAAACACAAAAAUAAUAAGAAGCGUGCUAUUUGUUCCCCGACAGAGCUGACUUUAAAGUUAAGCUCUAUGGAGAAUCUCGAAAGCUCGAUAGACGAAAUAACUUCUAGCAAUUUAAACCUACACAAACGUAGAGGAAUAUGUUCUUCAGAUGCGUUAAGAGACGAUUUAACUAAUAUAAAUUUAGACGUGUGUAAUUUGAUCAAUGAGGAGUUUAUGAAAAUGAUUAAAACAGACAGUUCCGAAAUAAGUCAAGACACCGAUGGCUCUAACAAAAAGACUUCGUCAGAUUCCAUCGACAUGGAUUUAGAUCUAAGUUUUAGCGAUAUUAAUAGCUCUGAUAUAAACACUUUCAAUGAAAAUAUUGUCCAAAAAUUAUGCUUGAGUGCACUAAAAAACAUAAAAGUAGGAAACCAAGAUGCGGACAUUGAAAACAUUCAACGUAUAGCUUUAGAUAUCCUUAAGGAAAUGUAUGCCAAAAAGGAUAAAAAUAAGAAUGGUAUAGGAACGGACUUGUUUCCGUCAAAACCUCGUGAGUUAGAUACUCCAACAGAAAUUCUAUCAGUUCAUGAUUAUGAAAAUAUAUGUGCCGUUAAUAUUGCUAGAGAAGCUUGGGGCUUAAGGUCAUGGAAUGGGUACUCAGAUAUCGAGAACUGGCUACAUGAUGGCAGCGUCGUAAGAGAUCGCAGAAGAGAUACGUUAACGUCUGGCAGUUCUGAAAUCAGUAGCUGUAUCUCUCAAGAUUUGAAAAACGCUAUCUUAGCAGCACCACCCUUCCCUAAGAAACCUCACACAUAUUCAAAUGUAUUCGUGAAGUUUGAUAGAACAAAUCAAGAUGAUUACGCUAAUACCUUAGUAUCUCAUGACGAUACCUUCUUAGCUAAACCGUGUAUGGCUGAAGUUAGUAAGGAUCCAAACCAUUUAGAACCGAUCAUGGAAGAAUUAGACGACUUAGGUGAUAUAGACCCUUCUAGCAAAAAGAGACUGAACUCUGAAAGUUCUCUUGUAGCGACUAUAGACGAAAUACGUAAAUCAACAGUAACCAAUUCUCCAAGAAAUCUUUACCAUAGACGAGAACAUUUAUGGGAUUCGCCUAAAUUUAAUACAUCGACUAAGAUAGAUUUAAAGCAAGCUCUUUGGAAAGAACCUUCCAAAUUUGAUCCAAGCAAUAUUAUGGAAUCGUUGCCAGAAAAAGAAAAUUGCUUAAACAUCGCUCAAAGGUCAAAAUUUGAAACAAUAAAAAAAGACCUAAACUUGUCCAAUAGUUCACAAACUUCAUCUGAUUUAAACAGUACAGACAGUACAGUUUACAAUAAAAACACAAGGCGACGUCAGAAGUCGAAUUCAAAUAGUGUAAAGAUCCAGGGUAAAAAGAGUAACAUUAAACCCGAACAAAAUCAACAGGACCUAUCUAAUAAGGACAUUGACUUUCUAUGGCAGUUAGUGUCAGGGAGCUCUGCUCCCAUUAACUGCAGCGAUGAUUGUUCCUCGAACAAAAUUUCCACUUCUUUACAAUCACUCAUACAGAAAGAUACUGCUACCAUGCCUGUAGUAAACACAUCAGCCUCGAAAAUAUCAAACGUUAAAAAAGGAGCAAGAAGUCGACCAAGGCGAAAAUUUUCCAUUUUGAGAGAGAAAUUUGAACCUAGACUUAAUAUAAACUCAGAUGAAGAAAUACUAUACCGAUCAUGUGAUAUAAGCCAACCGCAAACCGAGGCCAACGUCGUUAGUGUAAAGAACCAAUUCGACGCAGAACUCGGAAUAAGGACAUUACCACGCAAACAAAACUAUGACAACUCAUGUUUUGUGAAUAGUGAAAGUGAUAAACUACCAACAGACGUCGGAAGCGACUUGAUCAUGUCAAAAAAUAUAAAGGAAAAGCGGUCUAUAUUUAUGAAGCAAGUUCUAAGCCCACCAAAAUUUAACACUAAAUUAAGACAUAAGGUGUAAAUUGAUGUUAAUUAAUUUUUACCUGUGAAUUUUGUUCCUAGUUUUCUAUGGCUUUGGAAGAAAUUAAGUCAAUAUCAACAUGGAUCUCAAAACCAGCGUAGUCAUUUAAACUACCAUAAGUUACUUUAAAUUUGGGAAGAUGUCCAUUGAUUACAACUUUGUCUUUAGUUAGUUCAAGUUUACUUGUAUAGUUGAAUUAAAUUUAAGUAAUUAGUUACGAUAAUAGUCUUCCGUAAUGUGAUAUUAAUGACAGAAGUUAACUAGGAUGCGAUAAAAAGGUCUUUAAGGGACUUUGACUAUUGAGUAUGUGAUAAUAUUAGAAAUUGUGAAACUAAGACAUAUCGUAAUCUUGCCUUUGUAUUUUUAUACUAAGCCAGUAUUGUAUACUAUAUAGCAAAAUUUUAGGAAUAUAAUAAAUUGAAUUAAGUACGUA